AUGUCUGAAUACAAAACACCCGGUCGACAGGCAUCAACUCUGACUUUGAAUGCAGGAAAUAACGGAAGUGUUGGUAGGCGAGUAGUGCGUUCCGCUCUUGAGCUUCUCGCAGACACAGCAUCCCCUGAACUUCUCAAACAACAAGCACCACCCUCAUGUACGAGCGGCCCUCGCAAACAGAAAUUCACUGUAACCUACGCUACAGAUCCACCAGGAAGGGUUGAAGAGAUUAUGCCAGGAUCACCUCUCAACCGUACUCUUCCACCGCAGCAAGAACAGAAGUGGUCCUCUUUGACAACAGGUGUAGUUGGAUGUGAUGAUGUUAGUAGUGGUAGUGUUGGUGGUGGCUGUAGUGUAAUUGAGGAACCGAGCACGUUGUUGUUUUUAUCACCAGCCUCCAGUACAACAGGGGGUGACAGUGCCGUCAAGAAACGUCUCUUCAAGAAGAGAAAAAAGGCAAUAAGACUUACUGAUUCUUCUAAGAAACUGGCGGCUACGGCGGCAGCGGCAGCCUCUAGAGAGAAGUGGCACAUGGAUGAAAGUGAUAGAGACAAUGACGAAGAUAAGAAAAACAUCAGUGGUAGCAGCAGCAGCAGGAGGAAGAGUCCUCGUGAUAACGAUAAUCUGCUUAGUAGGAGCGAACCACUUUUCACAGAGGAAGAAGUGCGGCAUCGGAUUUCGCUGGCGUUGAAGGCGUACGAGACACAACGAGACGCAGAGGAAGAAUCUGUAUUGCAGGAAGUGGGUCACGAGAUUGAGACACAAAAUGAACGUUAUGAAAAGUUACUGCAAGAGAAGGAGGCCAUUGCUGCAGAGCGGGAUGUUCUGCAGGAGAAAAUGGAGCAACUCGCCCGGGAGUGUGAAUCAUUACAGUCUACUAUAGCCGAAUUGCAUCAGGAACUGCAAGAAGAACGAGAUAAGGUUGGUCGUGUGGAAGUGGAGUUGUGCCAUGCACAGGAUGAAAAGCGUCUAGCCACAACUAAUAUGCAGCAAGAGUUAAACUUUGAAAGGGCGCAAUGGAAUUUAGCUCAAGAAGAAAUGCGACGGCAAAUUAAUGAAUUUGAAACACAAUUACAGAUUCGUGCAUCUGAAUGGCGUGAGUUGCAAGAUUCAAUGGAUUUUAAGGAAAGUGAAAGAGUACGAUUAUCAGAGCAGUUGGAAAUAAGCCAAAAAGAAAUACAUCAGCGAAAACAGCAGAUGGACGAAUUGAAAUCCUCAAAUGCAGAGUUGCAGGAAUUGGCACGAGCGAAGGAUGCACUUAUUCGUCAGCUGCAGCAUAAAGUACAGGAGACAGAAAAGAUAGUGCGACAAACUACAGCAUCAACGCGGGAUGAACAGACUCAACAUGAGUCGCGUCUGCGUGGAGUGGAAGAGGCGCUGAAACAGCAGACAGAUGAGGUGCGACGCAAUAUACACCGCAUCCACAUGCUUGAAGCAGAUCAGGUAAAGGCGGAGAAGACUGCGAAGGCACUGCGUCGAACGAUUCGUGAUACUCUCAGCGGUUUUACAGAACUGCAAUCGGCGUUGGAGACACUUGUAGAAACAUUUGGUACACGUCAGCGUCCUGCACCAUUAAUUCAACGCGGUCUGAAGGGUGCACUGUUUCCACCAGAGCGCCGUGAAGUGGAAACUUUACUGACUUCACGAAGGGAUUUUACUUCUUCUGCUGGUGGUGUUUUUAUUAGAGGUGAAAGUGUCGAAACUGAUCAAGACUGUGAAACAGUAAUGAUGUUAGAGGAAGAAAAUGAGGAAGAAGAUAGUCUUUUAGGACUUGUUACUCACAAAGAGCUUCGCGAGGACUUGAAGAAGAAUCGUUUUGUAUCAAAGAAGGCUGAAAGUACAAAACAACAAAAACAAAACCAUAUUCAGCAGAAACAAUCUUCCUUACAACAAUCCGCUUCUCGAAAAGGAACACUCGAGAGUGGUAAGGACGAGGGAGAUGACUGUGGACGACUGCAGCGGUGUCAACGACAGUGCGAACGUCUGUUGGAAACAUUACAUCAAGUUUUUCUUCAGCGUCAAAAAGAAUAUCGUCGUCACAUUGAGCGUUUAGAGGCCCAACAGAAAGAUCAGAGUAAUCAGGAAUUGAUUCGCUGCCGUGAGGAACUUACUGCGUGCCAGGCGAAAUAUGAAGAAAGCCAGAAACAACAACAACAAUUGUCGCAGGAGUUUCGACGACGAAGUAGCGAGGUCCAGCAUCUGGAGACGAAACUAGCUGAGAUGCGGACUGUAGAACAGGGAGCUAAGGCACAGCAGAAACGAUUGCUGGUAAGUGUGGAGGAACUACAGCGCGAGCGUGGUAUUCUUCAGCUUCAGCUUGAGGCGAGUCAACAGGAGUGUGUGGAGUUGCGUGAACAGUGUGAGUCUAUUCGCUCCGAGACGGGACAAGCGCAAGAGCGUUUAAGGCGUCUUGAAGAACAACAACAUACACGGGAAGAGGAACAUAAAGCGAAAGAGAAGGCGCUUGCAAAACUGGCGCGCCUCACAGAGAAGCUGAAAAAGACGGAAAUGGAUUGUCAAUCACUUCGUGAUGAGAAUGAUCUCCUCUCAACCAAGGUGAAGUCUAUGUUACUGCAACUGCAAACUGCUAGGAUGCAUAGGAGUAAAGUGGUUACCCAACCGACACAGCACCAACAAGAGCAACGUGAAGAGUUAAAUAGAUUGACGAAGGAAUUAGGUGCGUUACGUCAACUGCAAGAAUCUGCUGUACAAGUUCAAGCAAAAGAACGUGAUAAGUCGGAAUCUUCUUUGAGUAAACUUCGUGCUCAGAACGAGGAGUUACGAGAGAAAUUGGUACAGGAGCAACGUGCCCUCGCUGAUAUUCGCAACGAGGCUGAAUUAGAGAGAAGGGCAGAAGCAGCCACAUUGCGUACACUUCUAACCAUACAUCAAGGCAGUUCUGAAGCAUCCAAUGAGGUUUGCACAGGUGGGGGCACUAGGGAAGAGGUACAGCAGCGGUUAUUCGACUCUACCCCUAGAUCACAUGUGAGGGAGCGUAGCAACAGUGUUGUUACUACUGAUGGUGUUGGUAAAAAUAAUAAUAAUAAUAAUAAUAAUAAUACUGGUGCUGUUUAUGUGGAGAUGACCACUGCUGAGAUGCGCGGGCAGGCAGUGUCACUGGCGCAACGAGCUGUACUUGAACUUGCGCGACUGCGGGAGGCGCUGGCUCAAGGGUCAAGUCUUGAGUCUAGUGAAACCAAGAAUAAGAAAAACAACACCAAGAGUAGUAACAAUAAUACCAAGUUGGAGGAGUUUCGGGCAGUAGAGAAACUUGCGUGGGAGGCGGCACAGCAGUCCGCUGUUCGACGACGAUCAUCUGGAGGUGAUGAGUGGGAUGCGAAUGCCUUACCGCCACCACCCCGCGUAACACCAAUGCUGCGAAGUGCAAUACAACCAGUUCAGAAACUACAACGUCAAGAUCAAGAAAAUUCAGUCAAAACACCGAAUCGACGAUCGGUAUCACAUAAAUCUCCGUCUCCGAGGCAACUGGAUGUUGAUGUGAUUUCUGCUGGGAUGUUGAAAAAUGCAGCAAUCAGUACACGGAGUUUACCACGCAAUUGCACCAUAUCUUCUUCACUAACGUCUAUGGGUGGUGUCUCAAGGUCCCACUCAGGGCAGAGAGUUCUAGAUGGUAGUAAUUCACCAGGCCGACCACCUAUGUUGCGCGCAGCUUCAGCGCGAUAG